AUGGCGCCUGAGGACGAGAAUCAGCAAAUAGAAAUAGACGAGGUCACAGAUAUGGACGAUGAGGCCUAUGGAGGCAACGAUGAGUCGACGCUCUCUACCUCACUGUCUUCCAGCAUCCUCGCCUAUCGUAUGGAGAACGGCAGAAGAUACCAUGCGUACAAAGCAGGCAGUUAUCCAUUUCCAAACGAUGAAAUAGAGAAUGACCGACUAGAUAUGCAACAUGCAGUCUUUCUUCGGUCGUUAGAUGGCAGGCUGUGUCUAUGUCCAGUUAAAAGUAAUAUCCAGAAUGUGCUUGAUGUUGCCGAUGAACAUCCCUCAGCACAGAUUAUCGGUACUGACUUGUCACCAAUCCAACCGAGCCUCGUCCCUCCGAACCUGAGCUUCUUGAUCGAUGAUGCUGAGGCGGAAUGGCAAUAUCAUCAGAAAUUUGACUUGAUUCACGGUCGAAUGCUGACAGGCUCCCUGAAAGACUGGGACCGCUUCUACAUCCAAUGCUACGAAAACCUUGAACCAGGCGGCUAUGUUGAAAUGCAAGAUAUCUGUCUCCCCCUGAGGUCUGACGACGGCACUUUGACGCCAGACCAUCCACUCGACAGAUGGUCUAGGACAUGUGUAGAGGCAUGCGCGAAGCUUGAGCGGCCCCUGGAUGUCGCGAAAAGCCAUAAGAAGCGCAUGGAAGAGGCUGGGUUCGUCGAUGUCGUUGAAGUACUACACAAGUGGCCUCUGAACUCGUGGGCAAAGGACCCCAAGCUGAAGGAGAUCGGGAACUGGACGAUGACGAACAUGCUCGAGGGUCUCCAGGCGUGGAGCAUAGGGCCGUUCACACGGGGGCUGGGCUGGUCCUUGGAACAGGUCGAGGCAUUCCUGGUAGAUGUUCGGAGGGACGUGAAGGAUAGGAAAUUGCACGUUUACUGGCCUAUGUACUUUGUAUAUGGACGCAAGCCGGAAACUAGCAAGAAAUGA